GUCAAGGUGCAACUUUUAUAUUGAAGAGUGUAACAAUCCAAAUACUACGAUUCAAUUGUGACCUAGCUUACUUAGUCUCUGUUGCAGGACAAUUGAUGUACCCUGUAAAAAAUCUUUCCCUCAACAAUUGUUUUGUUAGGAAGCUAACUGUUUAAUUGUGGCUUGGUCCACUUUGUCUUCAUCCCAGGACAAUUGAUGCAACCUAUAAUAAUCUCCCCCUUAAUAAUUUCCCCACUUGAAAUUUAAUUCGUGACCUUAGCUUUUAUACUAAUUGUUGGAUCAAAUGCUUAUCACUAAGCAAAAAACUGUAGUUAAAGUAAGAAGGUAUGUCUUUCUACAAAAGAGGGUAACUUAGUCCACUUGAUCUCUGUCAUGGGAUAAUUGAGUCAACCUGCAAUAGUGCCAUUGUUGUCCCCAAUAUAUCCUCUUUACAUUUUCAGUGCUGUUUGGUGUCAUCUUCUCUCUGUUGUCAUAUCCAGUUGCAUUCUGGCCUUAUCUUUAUUGUCCUUGGUCUUGAUCUCACGUACAAUAUUGUUUUUUGAUAACCAUGUUAUUGGAACUAGAUAUUUACCAAUUUUUUUGAUAACUAAUCUCUAACACAAUCUAAUCUCAUUGAUUCUUGUCCUAAAUGCAACCUGACCAGUGUUUGCCGUAGACAUGGCUUCAGCCGUGUUCUCUGGUCCUAGACACUAUUGCCCAUCCAGUCUUCAGUCCCAAAAACCCACCUAUUCUCAUUGUUUUGGUGGAUCUGAUAUCAUCCUAGAGAGCUGGUUGGAAUGUUACAUGACAAAGGCAGAAAUUCAUCACCUCAUGAAUCGUUACUAUAUCAAUGUGAUAGGAGCAUUCAUCAUUAGUACCAUUCCUAUCGAGUCCAAUAUGCAGCACAACAAAUUCAUCGUUGUAUGAAUCACUGGUGAAAAGAAGUCACUGGAAUGAUUGUCAUCAGAUAGUCUUGGUCUAAACCAACAGCAUGUUUGGCGGAGCUGAGGAGGCAAUGUUAAAGACUGAGCUUCGCAACAUGGAAAGAUCUAAGAAAAGGGAAGGUGUAGAUAUGACAUAUUUGAAGAAUGUUAUAUUAAAGCUGCUUGAGACUGGUGAAGUUGAGGUAUUGCUUCCGGUUAUUGGAAUGCUGCUUCAGUUUAGUCCAGAAGAGAUGCAGAAGUGUCAACAGGCAUAUCACACCUCAACGGAAGUUCCACCUACUCCUGCAAGUGAUACUUCAGGAUCUGGCCUAUCACUUUUCUCAAGAUUCACAUUUUCUUAAGGUGUAAAUGGAGUGCUGGAGAAUUGUUUUUGCUGCCGUUAGAAUGUCUGCGUCUGCCAUCCAGUUCAAGGAAAAUGUUUAUUUACUCAUUCUUACUGACCAAGCAGUUUUUGUAUCUGUAAAUUAAAGAAGAGGGGGGAACAUGGUUACAGCAGCAACUGUUCCAUUCAGGCGUUUGGAGGCUGACAAGCUGUAAAGAAUCAUUAAGGGUAGUAUACAACGGAUAUCACAACAGGGAGGGAGAACUCUUGUAUGUUCUGCCUAUUAUUUGGCUCAAGGGGCAACCAUGUAGUUCUUUUUUUACCGUUGAAUGUUAUAAAAAGUAUCAUUAGAUAA